AUGGAGUUUGAGUUCCCAAAUGAAGACCUGAUGUCGGUUUGUCAAACAAAUGAGGAGGAAUCAGAGGAGAAAGAGAAUUGGAAGAUGUUUUUCGAUGGAGCUUCGAACGCCUUAGGGCAUGGCAUAGGAGCCGUGUUAGUGUCACCAGAAGAAGAUCAUUAUCCCGUCAUAGCCAAACUCAACUUCUAUUGCACCAAUAAUGUGGCUGAAUAUGAAGCUUGUAUCAUGGGUCUUCAGGCAGCAAUCGAGAGGAAAAUUCACAUUUUGGAAGUGUAUGGGGAUUCUGCUUUGGUCAUUUAUCAAUUACGAGGAGAAUGGGAGACACGCGACUCGAAGUUAAUCCGGUAUCAUAAGUAUGUUUCAAAGCUAAUUGAAAGUUUUGAUAAGAUUUGCUUCACCCAUUUGCCCCGAAAGGAGAAUCAAAUGGCUGAUGCAUUAACCACGUUGGCAAUAAUGUUCAAAGUUGGUACCGAUGUCAAGAUUCAACCCAUCAUGAUUAAUCUUCGAGAGUGCCCCGCACACUACUCCAGUGUAGAGGAAGAAGUAGACGGGAAAUCGUGGUACCAUGAUAUUGUGCAUUAUUUCAAGUUCCAGCAGUAUCCGAAGCAGAGCUCAGAAAAUGAUAAAAAAACCAUUAGAAGGUUGGCAAUGAAUUUCUUCUUGGAUGGGGACAUCUUAUACAAGAGAAGUAGGGAUCUAGUGCUUUUGAGAUGUGUGGAUUCAGCCGAAGCUUGGAGAAUAGUUGAGGAAGUUCACAAGGGAAUUUGUGAGGCACAUGCAAGUGGGCAUAUGUUGGCAAGACAUGUCAUGAGAGCAGGGUAUUAUUGGCUCACGUUGGAAACGGAUUGUAUAGAUUUAGCUCGAAAGUGUCACAAGUGUCAGAUAUAUGCAGACAGAAUCCACACUCCUGCAAAUUCACUGCAUGUAUUGACAUCGCCAUGGUCAUUCUUAAUGUGGGGCAUGGAUGUGAUUGGGUUAAUAACCCCGAAGGGUUCAAAUAGGCAUCGGUUUAUUCUGGUGGCAAUUGACUACUUCACUAAGUGGGUAAAAGUAGCAUCUUAUGCCAAUGUGACCCAGAAAGUGUUCAAGAUCAAGCAUCACAAUUCAGUGCCUUAUCGCCCAAAGAUGAAUGGAGUGGUAGAAGCAACCAACAAGAACAUCAAAAUGAUAAUUGAAAAGAUGACAGAUGUAUACAAAGAUUGGCAUGAGAAGUUACCCUUUGUUUUGCAUGUUUAUCGCACAAUAAUCCGAACUUCCACGAGAGCUACACCAUUCUCUUUGGUAUAUGGGAUGGAAGCAGUUUUACCAAUUGAAGUAGAAAUCCCUGCCCUAAGUGUCCUUAAAGAAGUACAGUUGGAAGAAGCCAAAUGGGUUAACACUUGUUAUGAGCAAUUGAAUCUCAUAGAAGAAAAAAGGUUGACAGCAUUUUGCCAUGGGCAAUUAUAUCAAAAGAGAAUGAUUAGGGCACAUGGCAAAAGGGUACAUCAUCGUCAGUUCCAAGAAGGAGAGUUAGUAUUGAAAAGAAUUCUUCCCAACCAGCAAGAUCCUCGCGGGAAAUGGAAACCAAAUUGGGAAUGA